AUGGCGACAGCUGUCCUGUGGCUCUCUCGGAACCUCGUAUCGAGGAAUACGGGGGUAGUAAGCCGUAACACCGUCUUGAAACCGUCUAACACAACGAGACUGAACCAAUGUCGAAAUGCGGUAUCAACAGCAAAUGGCGGUGUUCAACCAAAGCCGGAUAAAGUGAGUUUUCAUGCGUGGCUAAGCCUGUUGGUAACCCUACACAUAAUGUGGGCGGUUCCUGACUCUUGGAGCAGAUUGACAGCAGUCUUUGCCAAUCAGAGCUUAAGGAAUUUGGAGAGACAACUGUGGGAGCCAAUGAGCUUGUGUGUGUUUGAUACGGAAGUAAUUAGUCAUUAUUUUAGCCACCUUUCGUCGAAAAAUUAUAUUAAAAAGCUCAUGUAACCAUUUUAUGUAAUAAGGCAUUGGCUUACACAUUGGCUUCUCAUCCAGUGUAACAUAUUAACACAACUACAGAUACCAUGGGGUAUUGGAGUGUCCAUUUUUAGGUCAAAGUCCAUAUCAAUUGAAUUAGCCUGUUUGUGGGAAAUAAAACAUUUCAUAUCCAUAAUGUAUUCAAUUAUGAGUAUGGCCCCAGAGCAUCUGCAUUUAUUAUGUGAAUCAAGUUAAUUGAUGAGGAAUUCUGCAUUCUGAAAAAUCCCAUGUUGUCUUAUCUGAGGCUUUGAACUGUAUACUGUGCAUGUUGCUUGAUGUGGUCAUCUUCCUGUAUGAUAUUAGCAAUGUUAAUUAAUGUAGGAACCUGUUUCAGAUUGUAGAUAUUCUGAAUUUCUUUCUUUCCCCCCCUAUCACCCAGAUAUCCUUCGGUCUUAUCCGCAUGACCGCUGUAGUGAUUCCCUUCCUGUACGUGGGAACUCUGAUCAGCAAGAACUUUGCGGCUCUACUUGAGGAGCAUGACAUCUUCGUCCCAGAGGAUGAUGACGAUGACGACUGA